AUGAGUGAUAGUUUGGAGGCAGGAAUAUUAUCUGAUUCACAACCAAUCACUGCUCAAGGAUCCUCUCUAGGGGCGGAGCCACCAGAAACCUCACAGGGGGUGGAGCAUAUACAAAACCAGGUGGUUAACAGCAGCCAAUCAUUAAACCAAGGGGCAGAUUUAAACUGGAACUUUGAUGGAAUGGAGGACAAGAAUCCAUUUAGUGGUUUCUCGGAGGAACAUUUAAACAAGUUAGAUGAAGUGUUGUCGUCGGCGGGGGUGCAGGAGCUGCUCCAGCAGUCGAGUCCAGAUCUGACAUUCCUCAACCUCGAUGGCACAGAGCAGCUGGCAGGUGGAGCAGGACACGGUGGUCAGGGAGAUGGCACCAUGGCAUCAACCUCGGCAAGGCGGGAUAGCUCGGAUUCGCUACCGGAGUCAAUUAUAUCAGCUGUGUUCUCGGACCAUGGUUAUUGCAUGAACCCAGAAAAGGUACAUGUGCAGAAAACUAAGGUUGUUACCACGCAACCAGCCUCCAAGUCGUUGCCAGUGAUGGUAACAGUAGAAGAGGCAGCCAGUGCCAUACCUAUUAACACUGUACCUACAGCACUCAACAUGUCCACAGAUUCAGAGGCAGAGCAGACUGAUUCUAAGACUGAGAGUUCCACCACCUCGCCACGGAAAUCUGGGCGUGCUCACAUCAAGAGCAAGUACCUAGAUGAGGACUGGGUAACAGAGGGGAGCCCCACUAAAGGUCGGGGUAGGGGUCGAGGGGUAGUGAUUGGCAUGCCAUUACCAUUUGGAUUCAGGGCCUCAACACGUAUCAGUGAUCAGAAACAGAGAGAUCUGGCAGAGAAGAUAAUGCUUGCCAACAGACAGGCCAUGGAAGCUGAGAAAAACAAAGAUGACACUGACGAUACAGAACAGUCGCAAUCCCCUGUAAAAAGCUCCUCCCCGAAAGGUCGAGGUCGUGGAAAGGGAAUAACCAGUCCUGCUCGCAGUGUAGGCGGGAAGUCAGUGUCUAGUCAAGACGAAAGUUCCCAGGAAGAAAACCAAGAAGAUGAAGAAGAGCCUGAGGAAACACAAGAAGAAGUGGAGGAAAAUGAAGCAAGCGAGUCUGAAGAAGAGAAAACAAAAACUAAGAAAGGAAGGAAGGCAAAGGCUAAAGGUGGGAAAAAGAAGAAAAAAGGAGGAAAAUAUGAAGAAGAUAGUGAUUACUCUGAUGGAGAGAGUAAAAAUGACAAAACUAAAACAAAAGAGAAGAAAAAGGGAAAGAAAGAAUCCGAAGAUGAAGAAGCAGCUGAAGCUAAAACAAAGAAAGGAAAGAAGAAAAAAUUAGCAAAAGGGAAGAAAAAGGCAAAGCCAAAGGGAAAGAAGGGGAAAAAGAAAGGUGCGAAAGCAGAUAAGAAAACAGAAGAGUCAGAAGGGAGUGAAAGUGAAACGAAGGAAAAAUUGGAAGAGAAAUCACCGAAAAAGAAAACCAAAAAACUGUCAAAGAAAGAGAGACUUAAAAAAAUGAAAGAAGCCAAAGAAGCAAAGAAAGCAAAGUUACUAGAAAAGAAAAAGGAGAAAAAGAAAGAAAAGAAGAAAAAAGGAAAGGCAGCAGAAACUGAAACAGAUGUUUCUGAUGCUUCACCAAAGAAGAAGAAGGCUUUACAGAAAGGAAAGGGUGUAGCAGGUAAGAAGAAAAUGGACACUGAAGAUGAAUCAACUAGUUCUUCACCAAAAAAGAAAGCUAAAGUUACUGAAACCAAAGUGGUGGAGAACAAGUCACCAAAGGCUGGAGAGAAGAGGAAGGCAUCACCUGCUAGGGCAGCUAAAGGGAAAGCAGAAUCUCCAGUUUCUACACCUAAGAAACAGAAAGUGUCUCAACUGAAAAAACAGAUACCAGCUGACAGUUAA